GUUCUUCUUGUCAGACAGUUUUAUGUGCUCAAUUGGUUAAUUCUAGACCGGAAGAGAAGAAUUUGGACGCUCCCUGAGGGUACAUGAAUAUCGCUGAUCACUCAUCAAUCAAUCCCGCGCGCCUGGCCUCAGUAAUAGGUGUACCCGGGGAUCGUCAUUUCCUGACGUGAAAAACCGGAGCUACAUGUACGAGUUUGUAUAUGUGUGUGUUUGAUUAUUUUCCUUUACGGAAACUUUUCUGAAAUGGCUUGUUAACAAUGAGUCAGCGGCAACAAGUGCACAAUGUGUUUGUUUAAUUAUCACGGAAUUAUCGCGGAAGUUGAUUUCUGGAUAUUGUAAUUACCACCGAAAUAAGUAUGAGUACUGCAGCCUUACAGUGUUUGAGUACCACCGUGUGUGCCAGCCUACCGGAGCCCAUCCACCCAUGUGCCCUCCUGCCCCCAAAUGACCCAGAUGCAGGUUCAUUCCCUGACAUCUAUAAUAGUAUACAGCAGUUCAAACUCUCAAAACCUACAUGGUCAGACUACACAGAAAGAUGUUUAUUUAGAGAUUCAACAGAAAGAACAGAUAAUUCCACCUAUAUAUCAAAAGUUGCUGCUGUCACCACGAAGGCUAUAACCACGACACAGGGGGAGACAACCAGUGUGUAUCACACAGUAACUCAUACUCUUACAGAGACAGUGACCAAUGUCACAAUAGACGUCAGGCCAGGCACCGUCAUCUCAGAUGGGGAAACAUCCAUUGAUUGGGUCAUCCCUGUGGCCAUUGUUGGCUCGCUCGUCAUCAUCAUCGCCAUCGUCUUCAUCGUCUACAAAACCUGUCAUCACGCCAAAAGUUUUCAUAUGUUUACUGAUUUAGAAAGAAUUGUCAUUAGAAAGAGUUCAACAAAGCAAGGCAAUAACACAAACCUUAGUUACCAUGAUAUGUUCCUGGUAGUUGGAUGUGACAGUGCAGACAAAGGAGGUAACGCUAAGGCACCGGAGGAAGCACAAGCAGAAGCAAUAGUUGGUAUUGAAGUGAAAACAAAUGGAAGCGAAAUUGAUACAGAGGAUAGUGUUUCCAUAUCAAUAACAGAUGUAAAAAAUCAAGAAAGACAAGACCAUGAUACAACAUCUGAUUCCGGAGUUGCCUCUGAGGAGAAUUUACAAACAUUUCAUACUUUAGGUACAGCAAAAAGUAAAGAACAGCUUGUUAAACAGGAUGAUUUGUGUCCAGAUUCAGAUGAUGGUUCGUUGGCUGUGGUUAAUGUAAGCUUCACCAAAGACAAUGGGAAGGCAGAGUACAUGGCACAACACCUCACAAAACACACUAAUAGUGCUGAUGAACAAAAUAGCCCCCAGCAAAGUACCGGGUCGGAUCAAAGGGAACAGGAUGUUUCCAACACUAUAGGUGCAGAAGAGGCAUGUGUUAGUGAAAUGGAAGUUAAUGAAAGUGAUAAGGACCAGAGUCAGUCAAAAUCUAAUAACAUUGAGAUUCCAUUUAUUACGGACAUCAAAAGUAGCAGUUCACUCAAUACCUUUAACCAUAAUGAACCACAACCAAAAGUAGAUAAUGUGUUUUCCCAUGAUAAUUUAGUAGCUGAAGGAACUGACAUAAGAGAAUCAAGCACCCCAAAAUUUACAAAUGAAAAUUCCAACAUUCUACAUAAUGAAUCUUCUGUGGAUGAAGUUUCUCCUGACUCUCAGGAUAUGGAACAGAAGUGUGGUCAUAGCAUAGGGGACCUGUUACUUAGUGAUGGAGUCGCCAUAGAGAAUGGCAUACAAGUGUGUGGUGGUGCUGAUGAUAGUACCGAUUAUAAAAAUGGGCUAGAAGCCUUGGACAAUGCUGAUGAGUCGGUAGUUACGAGUCUUGGCAACAGUAACAGUGAUAGUAACAGGACCAGUAGUACCAUAGACAGUCGCAAGUCAGACCUGCGGUCAGAUUUGGAGAAUUUGUUCAAUAAUUUUUGAAUUGCAUACAUUUUCUAUAUUUUUAUUGGUAUUGGUGACCAAAAUUAUCUUUAAAUAGUUUUAUGAAAUCCUACAAAUUAUUGUUUAAUGUCUCUUACUGAAAUUAAAAUUAAGAAUAAUUUUUCAUCUUUUUGGGGAUCAAGAUAUUUUCUGUGAGAAAUCAAACUGAAGAAACGGUGUAAAAGGAUUUCAUGCUUAAUCCCGAUCCAUAUAAAACUUCAGUUUUUAAUUGAUCUUGAGUUAAUUUCUGAUUAUGAACGUCCACAUUUGUCAUUCAUGAAAAGCAGUAUUCAAAUAUGUUUCACUUUAUUGGCAAUCGGAUAUUGUAUUGUCAUUUGGAGAUAAUAUAAUUAACAAUUAUUAUUGUACAUUGAAAUCAAGCUAUAAUUGUAUGAUGGUACAUGCAUUAAAAACUGUACAGUUGUUAGCAUAAUCAUUGUGCAAGUUCGAGGUGAUCAUUUAUAAAUAGUAUCACAUAAUGGGAUAGAGCAAUACCAUGUUGAGACCUAAUCUAAUGUCACAAAUAUCACAUGAGCUUACCUCCGUGGUUAUUAAUCAGGUUAAUGAUUUCACCGUUUGCACUUGUUAUUAUAUGACAUCCAUUAUGUCUCCACAUUAUUACGUGACUUGUAAUUCAUGACAAUGUCAAUCACUUUGAUAACUGAAGUUCUUUCAGACAAAAAUCACACUCCUCUGCAAUUUUUUUUGGAUGAUAAUGGACACUUCAGAUUUUUUGAUGGUUAUAAUGGCCAAUUGCAUAACAAAUACAGAGAGAGUGACUACUAAAUAUAGCUUCGUUUAUUCUCAAGUUGCAAUAAUAGACCUUGUAUGUUUAUUUGACUUUUGUUUGGAAUGUCUACUGUUUUUUUCCUUUGAUCUGAGAGUUUUUGAGAGGUGUUAUUUAGUAGUUGCUUCAUGUGAUGAAUUUUUAAUCAUCAAGUGCACUAUUUAUAUAUGUUUGCAUAAUGGAGUUUUUUUAGUGCUUAUUGAGCAUAGGAUCACAUAUAAGAAAUAGCCCAUUGUUCUGCUUAUUGCCCUCAUAUCUUAUUGUGUUCGUUCCCAGUUCUUAGAAGGGACUAAAGAGGUUCAUCACUGUAACUAAUGUAUAUACUGAUACAGUAUCAACAUUGACAUAAUGGGUCAAUGCAAUUUGUAAGUAUUUUAUUUAACUUAAUCCAUGCUAUUUAUUUUAUGUAUCACUUUUGAUGAAUAUGUAUUCUUUAGUAAUGCUUUCUCUUUAAGUAAGAAACUUAAAAUUUCACUGGUUGGUUAAUAUUUACAGGUUAGUU